AUGAUUCCUAUAGGCCGCAGGUCGGUCUUGCCUCAGGUUUCUCUUUUGAUCUUCAGCUAGCCUUGACCCCGCCUCUUGAGGCAAAGAACGCCCCUUAUUGGACCUCUUAGUUGUUUUUCGUGUGUCUCAGGGCAUGGGGUUGGAGAAGUGGGCGGCGCGUCAGAGGAAUUUUUUUUUUCUUCCAAACUGGAUCUCAAACAUCAGAGAGAGCUGGCCACGUGAGAGCGUAGAGACUCCGCUACUGACUGCACAGGCUUCUCCCAGCUCCCCGAUGGCCGCGGCUGUGGAUUUUAAAACUUAUGUAGAUCAGGCAUGUAGAGCUGCUGAGGAAUUUGUCAAUAUUUACUAUGACACAAUGGACAAAAGAAGACGGGCACUGCCCAGGCUUUAUUUGGACAAGGCCACUUUAAUAUGGAAUGGAAAUGUUGUUUCAGGACUGGAUGCCCUAGCUAAUUUUUUUGAUGUGUUGCCUGCUAGUGAAUUCCAGGUCAAUAUGUUAGAUUGCCAACCAGUUCAUGAGCAAGCUACUCAGGCCCAGACUACAGUUCUUGUUGUGACCAGUGGAACUGUGAAGUUUGACGGAAACAAGCAACACUUCUUCAAUCAAAACUUCCUGCUGACUGCGCAGUCCACUCCGAACAGCACUGUGUGGAAGAUUGCAAGUGAUUGCUUCCGUUUUCAAGAUUGGUCUAGUAACUAAAGGGGGCAAAAACCCAUCUCCUUUGGUCCAUUAGUUCCAGAAAAACAAAUUUAUGUGAGUUCAUUAAUUUCAUUGUGGAAGCACUAUAAACUAUUUUGUGCUGAAACUAAAUUUCUGUAAUCUUUUUUAUUCCUAGCAGCAGCUUUUCUAGCAGCUGCCCAUUUGGCUCAUUGCCCUUAAGAGCUUUAAUGCUAGUUUUUUACAUGCCUUAUAUACAUUUCACUAAUGACAUUCUUACAGUAAUAUUAUAAACACACCUCUGUAUGAACAUAUUCACUGUGAGUCCAGCCUAUGGCAAAAUUGAAAUCUUUUUAUAAUGUCUGAGAUAUCAGCACAACAUAACUCUGGGAGAAAAUGGAGUAUUUUUUUCUUAUUAGGUUAUUUUGUAGAACACAUACCUAUUUUCAGUAAAUGCUGCUAAUACAGUUUUAUUAUAACGCUAUAUACUAACAGUUUUAAAUCAAUUCAAUGUAAACAUUACUAAUUUAGGUUUGCAUAACUACUCUGACAUUAGAAUCCCACGUAGAGAUGUUCAGUAGUCUUUCACGUUAAGUAAUGUUUUUUAAUGUUGACAUGUUCUUAUGAAGUGAAUUAAUCUACUAGAGAGGUGUAAAAUAUUAUUAAUUGAUACCUGAGUAUUGAUUGCACUCAGUGACUUAAAGCAAAACUUCUUAAAAGGCUUUUUCGUGGCAGCUCCAGGUUUAUAACUUUAGGUAAAGAAUGGUAGUGGGACUAAUAGCUUUAAUGGGAGAAUGUGGAGUGAGAAAUAUAGAAAGCCAAGGUUGGCCAAAAGUUAGGAGGAGUGGCCAAAUGGUAUGUUUUUAGUACUUGUCUUCUACCUUCUAAAAAUGUAGACUAUUUUUAGGAUGUAAGUCAUUAACGUAAUAACUAUCAUUGCCAAAUGGUUAUGAGUAUCACUUUCAUUCUAAAAAUGAUUUUUAAAGGUUUUUCCAGUUUACCUCAUACUUAUCACUAAUAUAUGUCUCAAUUUAUUCAACAACUUAAGGGGGUAAAAUAUCAGCAAUAAACCUGACCCUGCAGCAGGGUCUGACAGGAAAGUUGGAAACAAAGCCAUUGCUGUCUCUUUCGGACACCCUUGAUUUCUAAGUCUUCCAUGUGAACUUCAGGCCAAAAGUCUUAUGUAUUAUCUGCCCCCAAAGUAAGUGAUUUGUUUCCUGUGUUCUACUGUUAUACACUGUCAACUGCAUUAUCUUUUUUUUUACUCAGUAAAGUUAAACAUUGAAUGUUAUGAUUUGGUCUUCCAUAUGGCAUUGUGAGCAAAUAGAUUUGUUUUAAAACACGUUCCUGUUAUGUGGCUAACUCUUUGUUUUUGUAAUGAGAAAAUAGAGAGCAUCAGAUCUUCAUAAGCCCAUACACUUGAAAAGAACAAAUUGAUUCAUUUUAUGUUAACAUCUAAAGGGAAAGAAAUACAGCUUUGGUUUUUGGUUAAACUUUAAACAUUGUUCUGUUCUUGAAUUUAUUGUUUUAAGGUUUUUAAAGUGGAUGUGCCAGCUUUAUUUCUACAUUGCAACUCAAUGUUUCUUAUCACUUAAUUUGGAAACCAGUAAUUCAUUUCCUCUUGCCCCAAACUACACACCAACAUUUCUGAUAUAUUACAAAAAUACAAUUAAAUAGGAGAAGGGGGUGGACCUGCAAUGUAGACCACUCCUUCUUGUAGUACUAAUCAAAACUGAUAUGUCAUAUUUUAUUCAAUGAGCUUAUUCUGAUUUUGGAUUGGCUUUCUAAAACCACAGCUUUAGCAUUAAUAAUCAGAAUGCUCAAACACUGCUCUUUCCCUUGUGGAGAGCACUCUCAAGUAAAAGCUGCAUAUAACAAGCAAUAAUUGGAUUGAAUGGUUGUUGUAUACUAGUCAUGAAGUAUGUUUUAAGACUGUAUAUGAAUUGCUUUUUCCAAACUGUAUACCUUUUAAAUGGCUGGAACUACUCUUAAUAUGGACUAGACUGUAUUUUUGACAUAUUUUUGUAAAUUGAAAAAAAUAAAAUUUGCCGUUUUCUUUAA